AACAAAAAACAAGUAUGGCGUCGCAGGGAAAGAAGAAGUUGGAGUUUGCUGUUACGAAAUGGUCUACUUAUUCUGCGUCUUAUGUCCCAGAAAAUAUCAUGGAAGACAAGCCGUAUGAUCAUGCAUCACGCUGGUCUUCUGAUUCCAACACACCUCCGCAGUUCUUGUUGCUGAAGCUGGUUCGGCCGGCGAUCGUCGAGACAAUCACGUUUGGCAAGUACGAAAAGACGCACGUCUGCAACCUGAAGAAGUUCAAGAUCUUCGGCGGUCUAAACGAGGAUCACAUGAUCGAGUUGCUGGAGAGCGGCUUGAAGAACGAUCACAUCCCCGAGACGUUUGUCCUCAAACAUGCGCUGGAGGAGAAUCUAUUUCCUUGUCGCUACAUCAAGAUCAUGCCAAUCCUCUCCUGGGGACCGAACUUCAACUUCAGUAUUUGGUACAUCGAACUGCAAGGCGUCGACGAAGGCGUGAUCGUGCAGCCCUGCAUGAACUGGUAUAACACGUAUCGGGAGCGCGCGGCGAUCAGGCUUUGUCUGAAGCACUUCCGCCAGCACAACUACACGGAGGCGUUCGAGUCUCUGCAGAAGAAGACAAAGGUUUCGCUGGAGCAUCCUGUCCUCACGGAGCUGCACAGCCUCCUGGUGCUACGCGGGGACUACGAUGCGUGCGAGAGAGUCAUGGAGAAGGCAGCUCGCGAUGGACGAUUCACUCACUUUAUCAGUCAACAGGACUACAAAGCAAAAUGGACGCCCAUCACUGCGGUCACCCACAACGAUGGCACUGACUACAAGCCUGGUAUGAGGGGAGGUCACCAGAUGGUUAUUGAUGUCUACACAGAGACGAUCUAUUUGUUCGGAGGCUGGGACGGCACGCAGGACCUCGCCGACUUCUGGUCGUUUCAAAUCUCGUCCGGCGAGUGGACCUGCCUGUCGUUCAACACCGAGUCGGAGGGGGGCCCGAGCGCGCGAUCCUGCCACAAGAUGUGCCUGGACUGCGAGCGGAGACGAAUCUUCGUGCUGGGCCGGUACCUGGAGUCGUCGAUGCGAACGGGAGCCAAUCUGAAAAGCGACUUCUACAUGUACGACAUCGACUCGAACAAGUGGACGCUCGUGACGGACGACACGGCGUCGCUUGGCGGGCCGCGGCUCAUCUUCGACCACCAGAUCGUCAUGGACGCCGAACGACAGAUGAUCUACGUGUUCGGCGGCCGCAUCCUGACGAGGAGUUGGAAAAAGAGCCCCGGAAAUAAAAAUAAAAAAUUUUCACGCUCGGGGUCGGCCGUUGACUCGACGAGACAGGGUUUGAGCAAGGACAAGGACCGGCGGGACGAGAACCCACGAAACUCGUUCUGGGUGUUUGACAUCGCGCACAAUCGAUGGUCGUGCAUCUACAAGAAUGAGAAGCUGAAUCAGAAGGACAGCAGCAAGCAGUCGGUGCUGGAGCCGUGCGCGAGGUAUGCGCACCAGCUCACCUACGACCACGUGCACAAGGUGCACUACCUGUUCGGCGGCAACCCGGGCGUGUCGUCGCUGCCCAAGGUGCGUCUCGACGACUUCUGGUCGCUGCGUCUGAGCCGGCCUUCGCGCGACACGUUGCUACGGCGAUGCCGCUACCUGAUACGCAAGCACCGCUUCCAGGAGAUCGCCACUUGCGCCCCGGCAGCCGCGCUCAGGUACCUGCAGACGGAACUCGCCGAGUUGGUCGACCACCACGACGAGGACGAGACGCUAGGGUUCCAGCAGCUUGCCGCGACGUUGUUCACGAGCCAGAGCGAUGACGAGGACUUCUCCAUCGCAGACGCCGAGGUGGAACCACACUUCCACAGCCGCUCUCAGCUGUUCGACAUCCUCGUCAACUUCUUCCCCGACGACAUGGCGCAGCCAAAGGGAAACCUCAUCGACCUGAUCACGUUCUAGCGAGGUCGCGGGCGUCGCCGUGGCAACCGUCCCCGCGGCGACGAGCGGAGGAGGAGAAUCUCAGCGAGGCCGGGAGUGCCGUUGGGUUGGCAUGGCGACGAUGACCGAUGGGUGCGAUGACGAUGACAGUGUUGACGGCGACAGCGAUUGUCACGAUGUUGACAAUUGUGACAAUUGUGACGAGAGCGAUAGUGAUACGGAGGACGACGAUGACGAUAUGUUACCGUGACAACGAUGGUGACAGUAUUGAUGGUGACGACGACGACGAUGCGACCGUCAGUGUUGGUUGUGAGAUUGAACAACCACGAUGUGUGACUAAGAGGGAAGGGUAAAUUAUGGUGUGGACCGUGUUGCGUAGCCAUGGCAACCGCGGGCAAGGCGAUGAUAGCAAGAGGAUGACCGUGGCUAGAUAUCAUGACUAAAGAUCGUCAAAAACGCGGAGCCGGGUAGAAAACAAUUGCUCGAGCGAUUUUUUACCGAAGUGUUCGUGUUGCCGCAUCGUUUCUUUCCUUUUGUUUUCAUUUCCAUCGUUAGAGAUUAGAGAAUGAUGGGACGAAAUUGCUCAUGCUUUCUAAAAACUCGUUCUAACGUUUUUAGUUUGGUGGUACUGACUGGAUGCUUUGCCAAGCUAGUAUAGACUUGUAUAGGGGCUGCGCAUGCUGCUUAUGCCAGCGUUCUUAGCAUGCGGAACAAGAAACUAGAGAUUCCUUCCUCACACUCUGCACUGCUUUUGAAAUUGCAGGUGUUAAUGGAAUACAAUUCUGCAGGCUAAAGCUGGAAGUAUUCCUGCCUAAAUUUUUGUACAUAUACACGACAAAACAAAAACGUAUAUAAGUAAUAAUAAAAUUGUGUUAUUAUAAAUUGGCGUGUUUAUAAUGUGUGGGUGUGUGCGUGCGUGUGUAAGAGUGAGUGAAGGGAAACGAGAGUGUGCUUAUGUAAGUAGAAGAAAUAA